CCACCACAGGUACUCUAGUGCUGACCAUGGCAUCCCUCUUGAUGCAAAACGAAGCGCUCGUCGCCUCCCUCUCCCUCCCCAUAAACCUCACUCUCCUAGCCAGCAUCGGAUUCCUCAUCUACCGCCUGGUCUGGCCCUGCAUCCCCUCCCCUUCCCGCAUUCCCACAUCCUACAAAUCCGGCUAUUCCUGGAUGCCAGAAAAGCAUCCCCAGGUAGCGUUGUUCAAGCAGUACACACCGGUAGAAUUGGAGAAGUAUAAUGGUGUGAAGGAGAAGAGGAUAUUGCUCGCUAUUGCUGGGAAGGUGUUUGACGUUACUGCCGGUGCGGGGUUUUAUGGUCCUGAGGGACCGUAUGGGAACUUUGCGGGAAGGGACGCCUCCCGAGGGAUGGCAAAACAGUCGUUUGACGUCGAGAUGCUAACUCCCGUCGACGCGCCUAUCGACACUUUGCAGGACCUGACAUCCGAAGAGCGGGCGAAUAUGAAAAGCUGGAAAGAACAUUUUACGAACAAGUAUAUCGUUGUUGGGGAAUUGGUCGAGAAUGGGACUGCUGUGUAGUGCUCUUUUUCUGGUGGCAUGAGAGGAGCACGCCCCUAUGUGUUGUUUUCGCUUGUAUAUUUAACUUCCCACCGCGCGUUGCGCGUGAGAGCGUAAAAGUCAUCCAUUCGAGCCAAC